AAGGUGAAGCGCUCACAUGGACGGAAAGAUACAUAAGCCUCGAGCAAAGACACGCAAUGCUCGAAUCGCUUUUGUACAACUUCUCAUCUCAGCUCGACCGACUGAUCAAUCAAUAUGGGCACCCAAUUAUCGUUUCUGAGACCAUCAAGAGCAUGGUGCUUUUAUGUGGAGAACUUUCCUCCUAAACCUCAGUGGUCUACGGAGCAAAUCCCGGAUUUGAGCGGCAAAGUCGUGAUCGUGACGGGUGCGAAUACCGGUCUGGGCUACGAAUCUGCGCUGGCACUCGCACUUCAUGGGGCGAAGGUCUAUGUGACUGCACGUUCGAAGGAUAAGGGACUCCCCGCAGUAGAAACGAUCAACUCUAAAGUGGCAGCCGCCACAGAAGGCCCCAAGUCUGGCCAGGCGGCCUUCUUGUACAUGGAUCUUGACGACCUGCAGAGCGUGAAAGCAGCCGCAGAUGAAUUCAAGGCUAAAGAGUCUAGGCUGGAUAUUCUCAUGAACAACGCGGGCGUCAUGAUGCCUCCUGAGGGGACCAAGAGUAAGACUGGUCUUGAAGUGCAAUUUGCCGUCAACGUUCUCGGGCCAUUUGUGUUCACGCGCCUACUUCUGCCUAUUCUGAUCCAUACCGCUCAGACAUCUGAGAGCGGCACCACUCGCGUCAUCACACUGGGCUCGUUCGCUCACUUCGGAGCACCUCCGGGAGGCGUCAGACUUGACAAACUCGACUCGGGCACCUUGUUCGAGAGAUAUGCGCAGUCCAAACUGGCUGACAUGAUCUAUAGCAAGGAACUCGCGCAUCGAUACACUGACUCAGGCAUCAUCUCUAUUUCGGUCAGUCCAGGUAAUAUUAAGACUGCUUUGUGGCACCAUCAGACGUCAUUUUUUACCCCGAACACAUUCUUGACAAAGUACCCCGUCUCCAUGGGUAUUCUGACCCAGCUGUAUGCGGCUACCUCCCCCGAUAUCACUAAGGCUGACAGCGGUGAAUACUUCCGACCCUGGGCUACGAAAGGUCAACCUGUGAGAGACGAGGCGGACGAUCCUGUCCUGGCAACCAAGCUGUGGGAGUGGUGCGAGGAGCAGAUGAAGGAGGCUGGCAUCUCCGCAUAAAGCAGUGUUGUCCUAAAGUAGCUGUUCUGCCACCUUUGCUACUGAGGGCGAUGAAAUCAUCGUUGCUGUGAGUCGUGAUAAUGAUCAACACGAUCCAAAUGUGUAAUGAUCGUACCUACUAUGAGUCGUAACCUACAUUCUACAUAACCAAUCAUGACCAUUUCAUGCGUAAUACGCCAUGUUCAUCAUCGUAUGACGAGCUACUC